CUUCCAAUUCUCAUCAUCUUCCUCCCAACAUCUGCAACUUUCUCUCUUUGCAAUACAAAACUUCCUUUGUAUUCCAAAAGAGAAAUUUGCAGAACUCCAAAUAAAUCCCAUAUCUUUCAAAUGGCCUCAAUGAAGAUGAGAGUUUUGGUUGCAGUUUCUGCCUUGGUCAUGGCUGCUUCGGCUGUCCAAAAUGUUGCUGCUGCUGAUGCACCAGCACCUAGCCCUACUUCUGAUGCAACCUCAUUCGCUCCUGCUGUCUUUGCUUCAAUGACCGCAGUUGCCAUCGGAUACCUUUUCUAAAUUUGAUUUAUCGGAGGAGACGGAUUCUGCAUCUGAAUUUCUAUUAGGGAUUUGAUGAUGGGUUUGUUUGGUUUUUAUUUUACAUUUUUAUUUUGUGAUCUAAUUAUUUGAGGAGUGAAGAAAAUGCAUUUCGACUUCAAUCUCGGUUUCUGAGGUUGAGGUUGAUGGGUAUUGGAUUCGCUCUGAUGAUAUCAAUUUGAUGUAAAUCCAAAACUUAUUGGUUGUAGAUCUCAAAAAUAAUUCAAUAAAUAUAUUUGUUUGGUUCCAUAAA